AUGGACAAUGAUAAUUGUAAUAAUCUCCAAACUUUAUGGGAGGAACUUGAGACCUUUGGAUUUGAUUUGACAUGGUUGAAACCUCAUGUUCAAUAUGCCUUAAGCAUGAAAACUCGUGUUGAAAAAGUUCUUGAAGUGAAAAGAUUGGAAGAGUAUGUGACUACUUUGAAAGAGAAUGUCUCUACUUUAGAGGAGAAUGUGACUUCUUUAAAAGAGAAAACAAAGGCUUUGAAGAUUGAGAUGAUAGAAGCAAAGGUAAAUCUUGAAAUAGCAACAAGAGACUUGGUGAAAACUAAAGAUGGUUUUGAAGACUGUGAUAUGGAUGCUGAACUGGGUUAUGGAGGACCAUGA